CGGCUGUUGUGUGCGGAAGGUGGGGCUUUUCGAACAACUUCUCGGUUCGACGGAGGAGACGACCAGGGGCCGUUGUUCCCUCGCUGUACUUUAGGUGUCAUUUUCACGAGCAGAACGAUGACGAGCUACGUGAACGACAUGUGGCCCGGGUCCCCCCAGGGCAAGGACUCCCCUUCGGGCUCCGGGACGGGUCACUCCAGCCGGCUCUCAUCUAGGUCUCGCAGCAGGUCUUCCUCCGCCAGGUCUCGGUCCCGCUCGAGCUUGUCCUCCCGCUCAUCGUCUUCUCGUAGUCGCAGCAGGACCCGGCGCUACAGGUCGAGGUCUCAGUCCCGCCGGCGCCACCAGCGCAAUUAUCGCCGCUACUCGCGCUCAUAUUCCCGGAGCCGGUCGAGGUCCCGCAGCCGCCGAUAUCGGGAGAGGCCCCAGCCUCGGGCAUACCGGAGGUAUUACCGAUCGCCUUCGAGAGGCAGGUCCCGUAGCCGGUCCAGGUCCCGCGGAAGGUCCUACUACCGGAGAGCUUACGUGGGAUCCCGGGGGCGAAGGUACUAUGGCUUCGGCCGAACAGUCUAUCCAGAGGCACACAAGAGCUGGAGGAACAGGUCUCGGUCCAGAUCCCGCAGCCGAACUCCUCUGCGUUUAAGUGAAAAAGAUAGGAUGGAACUUUUAGAAAUAGCAAAGGCUAAUGCAGCCAAGGCUUUAGGAACAGCCAAUAUUGACUUGCCAGCUAGUCUCAGAACUGGUCCACUAUCUAAAGACAGAAACUAUGGAAAACAAAUACAAGGUGAUGCUACAAAACUUGUUGAGCCGUCGGGAAGAUUAAAUGAGGAUGUGUUUAAAACCUCAAGUGAAAGUUCUUCCCAGCAGAGAAGCCCAGCUUUCAGCUCUGGUAACUCUGUAGCAAAGCCAGUACUUCAGAAACCAGCUGAAGAGACUGCAGGACCCCCUAAAGAAGAUGAGAAAAACCAAAGUGCAUAUGGACAGUGGAUUCCUAUCAAGAAAGAGGAAAAUAGUUUACUUUUAAGUUCUCCUAAAACAGCCCUGUCUUUCAAAUUCUAGUAGGUCUAGUAUUAUUCCUUUCUCAUAAGUCAUCAGUAACAGAAGUUGUGUUUAGCUAUAAGACAGUUUCAAAUCCUGACAUGAAAAAAUUAAGUACUUUAAUAUAUCAUAUCUUAGGUUUCUUUUCCAGAUAAGUGAAAUGAGCACAAAUGGACCAGAAAUCACAGGUGGGAUUUUUGUUCGUGUAUGUAGAUAUUUGUAAAUAUUUGUGUGGUGUUGAAAUGGGUUAAAUAUAGCCAUUGCUAACUUUUAAAAAAAGCUGCAUGUUGACAUUGUAUAUAUUUCCAUUUGUUAAUAAACUAAUUUUAGAGUUUUUUUUUUCCAGUCUGACUCUGUUGCCUCCUUACUACUGAAGUGAUGAUGUGAGCAAGGGCAUCUUUUGUGCUUGGAGACAAUUUUUUCAAUCUGAGGCCAGGACAUACUCAAAGCUUGUUAUCUUGUGCCUCUUUAUAAAUAUCCCAGAGAUUGAAAACACAGACCUAGUCACUAAAACAUUAAUUUGAUACUCCUUAUAUUUCAAUUCAUAGUGUCUUUACUUUAGUUAUAAUAGUGUCUUGUUUUAGUUUCCGGGCAUUUUGCCACAUAUAUGUAAAUGACAAUGAGGUUAUCAUCUCAACUGCUUGAAGUUGUUGUGGGACCUGUUUACUGGAAUAAUUCCCAAACUCAUCAAAGGAUAGUGUGAAAAGGAUUUUUUAAGAGUAGAUGUCUUUGAAGCCCUAUAUACAGCCUCCCAUGCUAAUUCCUCUUCUUGUUUAACUUUAUAUUACUUCUGUUAGCCCCACAUUUAUGUGAUGAGCAUGGUGUCUGGAUUUGAUGUUUGGAAAAUUACAAACCUAACACCUGAUUUAAACAUACUGCUCCUUAGUAUGAAGCAAACAGAACCAGGAAAACAAUCUAUGCUGUGAUUAAUAAAAGUGGAUAGAUCAGUGA